UGUCAACGGAAUGAAUGAUCGAUCCAGAGAGCAUCAUUCCCAACGCACCCUGCGGAUCCGAGUCCCGAUUCCACUCACGACGGUCUUUUCUGUCCUCGGGACUGCCCUCCUUUUCCUUCGUUAGCCACCCAAAAUCUCUAUCCACCGCGGUAUUUUUUCUCUCUCUUCGACGUUGUAGAUUUCUUUCCCCGUCAUGAUCACUCUGGAUCGAUCAGGACCCUGAAUUUCUCUUGCGCUCGCUCGUCUCCCCACCUCUCGACCAUUCUCGGGGUUCUUUCCCCUCCCAUCCAAACGCCAUGGUUUCUACAUCGCCCAUCCCCGUUGGAUCUAGUAUCUUCUUCUCCUUCACGCUCUUCACGAUCUCCGUCCUCGUAUUGUUACUGCUCCGACGCUUCCUGACGCUUCGGGCCACCCCGGCUUACCUGAUCAUCCCCGUUUUCCUCGCGCUCGCGCUUCCUGCGAGCGUCGUCCUUCUGGUCCCCAUUGACCUGGCAUCAAGCUCGCGCGAUGGCGAAGGGCCUAGGGCAAUUUGGCUUCCCGAUCGGUUGAUUCUGGUGUCCUGGCGCAUUGCCUACUGGCUGAUUUUCGUCCUGACUUGGGCUAUCCUUCCGUUGCUCGGAGAAUACAUCGAUUCGGGUUAUCGCGAUGCUAAAGGUCGCAUUCAGUAUUCGAUUCGAUCCAAUGCUCGCUACCAAUUGCUUGUCUUGGGCUGUGCCCUCGUCGGUUUGAUUUACAUUUCGAUCCAAAAUGGCUUCGAAUUCCGAUCAAUCAAGGCGCUGGUCAUGGCUCUUGCUUAUGUCUGGGGUUUGGUUCUUGCGAUCUACUUGAUGGGACACGGCCUCGUUUCCAUACCUCGCACCUUGUUCCGUAAUGCAAGUGUCAGCGGUCGGUUACGGAGACUCCAGUCCUACGCCCCGCGACUGCAUGACCGUCUUAUGGAUGCAGUGAACGAACUGGAAAGCCUGGAAUCGCAGGUGAACCAGCUGCAGCGUCGCAAAACCGGAUCUGCGCGAGAUUUCCAGGACUGGAUUGAAGAGCUGGGCGAUGGGUCUAGUGCCCCGGAAGCACAGUCUCUUCUCCAACCCACGGAAGGGUCUGACACGGUACCAGCUGUGAUAACGGAACGUUACAUGGCCGACUUAACUCGGCGGCUUCAGCGCGCUCGACACCAGAAGGCUCGGUUUGUCGACGAGUGGGAUCGUCUAGUGCUGUCCGCCGCAGACUUGCAAGCGAUCAUCAAUUCUUCCGCGUCGAAGAAGCUGGAGUUUAGCCAUUCCACCAAUCGCGCAUCCUUCCUCCCUCGCGUGAAACUGCUGACGCCCUAUCUGCGGCAUCAUGUCUACGUUCAUCUUGUGCCCAAUAUCCGGAGGCUUCUGGGAGCGGUGUUUUCGGCCGCGUCCAUCUGUAUCGUUUGGUCCGAGUUGAUCAAGUCCAUAGCACCUCGACUUUCGAUCGUGACGCUCUCAGUAGUCUCGUACCACGAAAGCCCGGCGCCUGUAAACUUCUGGAGGCAGGUCGCUGCCUCGGUUUGGCUGCUGUACAUGUGUUGGGCGGCCCUGGUGGGCGUCAACGAUGCCAAAGUGUGGGGGAACCGGGCGUUGGUUCGGCGCAACACCUACGGCGAGAGUGCCUGCUGGUAUGCCGGGUUGGUCGCUCGGCUCACCGUUCCCAUCGCCUACAACUUCCUGACUUUUCUUCCCGAGGUGGUCCGUGUUGAAACCACGUUCUAUCGACUCCUCGGUCAGUACAUUGAUCUCAUGCCUCUUGGAAAGGGCUUUGAUUACUUCUUCCCCGUCUUCAUCCUGCUCCCCAUCUGCGCCACGCUUUUCAACCUCUACGGCCGCGUAAAGAACGUCUGUGGCUUCGGGCUACUGGAGGAGGAAGAGGAAGACCUUGAAAACAACCCCGGCGGCUACGGCAUUGGCGGAUGGCGCGAAGGGCGUGACCUGAUCGACCGCGAGCUGAACGGCCUCGGAUCCCUCACCCUGUCCACCCGCAGUGGUCAGUCGCCCCGACCCACCAACCGCGUCGAGGAAGGUAGUCGGGGGUUCUCGUCCUCACGCACCUCCGGAAGCGAAGCGAUCCGCUCUUCUCGGUCUCCGCGAGGAACGGCCCCCGCAACGGCAGCUCUGGAAGAGGACGAGGACGAGGAAAACUUCUUCCAGUCAUUCGCACACCGGGUGCGGAACACCUUCGAAACGGCCAGUAAGCCGGAGUGGCUGCAAGGCGACGCCUUCCGGCUGCCAAGGUGGAUGGGGAGUGAAGGCACCGAUGCCAACGGGGGCCUUGCGAGGUGGUUUGGAGGUCGACCAGAGCCUGGCGGAGUCAGACUUUAGAUCAUCCUUUUCUUUUUUCUUUUUUCACCCCCUCCCAAGGCUUUGGGUGGCUGGCAUGACUGAAAGGCGUUUUUUUGACGAAUAGAUAUGUGACAUCCACUUUGUAUGAUAUAACACAAGCACUAGGAUAAUAGGUAUAUAACACCACAACUGGUUUACAGCGG